AUGUCCACCUCCCCAAUCCACUAUAUCCCCCAAAGCAGAACCCCCCAAAUCCUCUCCCAAAAAAUCCACCACAUAAUCGCAUGCCCCCACGCCCAAGUUCCUGUCGGAACAACCAAGAGAACAAACCACUGGUGUUUCUACCUCUCCACGUCAGAGACUACGUGCGUCGCCUUGGACUGUCAGCCCAGUCAUACUGUAGCUAGUAGUGUUUUGGUUGGUGGGUCGAAAGCGUAUGUUAUCUUAUCGGAGUUGAGUGCUCCUGCGGGUUCGGAUGCGUUGCUUGAGUUUGCGGUUGCGGUGGAUGUGAGGGCUGGGUUGAGAGUUGGGGAUGUGGUGGAUGUUUUGGUGGAGAAUGGGAGGGAGAGAUAUGAGUUUGAUGCGGAUGGGGUUGGGUGUCGGUUUUGGGUGACUGGGGUGCUGGAGUUGUUGCUUAGGGUUGGGGUCCUUGUGGAUGGGCGGCAGGUUGAGCAGGCGAAGGCGGUGGUGAAGAGGUUGUGGCCUGAGGGGACGGACUUGGAAUUGGAUCAGGGGGUGUGUUACUAG